AGAGGAAGAGGCGUUAUCAGGCUUGUUCCGAUUCUUUCUUCCCGCGCCCGUCUCCAGCAGCGCCGGGAGAGACCGAAGACUAGUCCAAAGGAGGGCAAGGCCAUGGGUUCCUCUCCUUCCGGCGGGGGAAGAGCACGGCUGUUGUUUCCGAUGGUGGUGGCGGCGGCGGCGGCCGCGCUAGCUGGGGCGGCGCCGGCGCCGGCGCCCGCGUGCUACGCGCGCGUGUUCAGCUUCGGGGACUCGCUAGCGGACACGGGCAACCGCCGCUUCGUGUACCCCAACGACUCCGACCCCGUGCUCCGGCUCCCCUACGGCGAGACCUUCUUCGACCGCGCCACCGGCCGCUUCAGCGACGGCCGCAUCGUCCUCGACUUCCUCGCGGACGCGCUGGGCCUCCCGUUCGUGCGGCCCUACCUGAGCGGUCGGCGCGCCGAGGACUUCGCGCGCGGGGCCAACUUCGCGGUGGGCGGCGCCACCGCGCUCGCCCCGGAGUUCUUCCGGGACAGGGGUUUCAACAUGAGCAACGUGGUGCACCUCGACAUGGAGAUGAAGUGGUUCCGGGACAUGAUCGGCCUCCUCUGCCCCGACGGCAUCGCCGGUUGCUCGGACGUGAUGAACCAGUCCCUCUUCCUGGUUGGAGAAAUCGGAGGCAACGACUACAACCUACCUCUUCUCGAAAGAAUGCCCUUAGACGUUGUCAUCGCUUUCGCACCGAUCGUUAUUGCCAAAAUCUCCUCGACAAUCACCGAGCUGAUUGGGCUAGGAGCCAAGACUCUGGUGGUUCCUGGAAAUCUGCCUAUUGGGUGCAUCCCCAACUACAUGUUCGUAUUCCGGAGCGAUAGCAAAGAAGAUUACGAGGCGGAGACAGGUUGCAUUGGGUGGUUGAACGAGUUCGCACGCUACCACAACAGACUUCUGAUCGAGGAGCUGGAGAGGUUGCGCGAGCUCCAUCCUGGCGUGACCAUCAUCUAUGCUGACUACUACGGAGCCGCCAUGGAGGUUUUCGUUUCCCCGCAACAAUAUGGAAUUGAGCAUCCCCUGGUGGCUUGCUGUGGCGGAGGGCAUCCCCACGGUGUGGGCGCAAGUGCAAGAUGUGGACGAGGAAAAUACAGUUUGUGUCGUAAUCCAGAAAAGUAUGGAUCAUGGGACGGCUUGCAUCCUUCAGAGGCUUUGUACAGGGCAAUUGCAACGGGCCUGCUACGAGGCUCAUACACGCAGCCUCCGAUUCCUACCACCGCCAAUUCAUGUACACCUCUUACUGAACUCGGCUAUUCUACCGAAUACAAACCACUCUAGAUAUGUAAUUGUAUAGCCACAUUUAGUUGUGUUUACCUAAAAAAAAGUGUGGUUAAAAGAUGAAUGAUGAUGUCCUCACAAAGAAAAGAUUUAAUGCGUAUGCCAUCUUUUUGCAAG